AUGAGUGUGAAGAAGAACAUUGACAUUCUUCUGCAGCAUGUUCGACUGGGUGUGAAGCCAACAAAGUUUUGUACCUGCACAGACAACGAGUUACGAGAAAACAAGUUUGUACGAUCGUUAUCUGAAUUAACUACCCUGGUAAACGGUCGUAUUCAGGUGAAGGUGUCGUGCAUGGAAAUCGGCCCACCUAAGAAAAGCAAUUACGACAUUGCCCUCAAGAGAAUCUAAUCCACUGAGAAAUCCCUUAAAGGAAAGAAAUGUACCGAUGUUUUUGCUGAAGAAGUCCGGAAGCUGGUUGAUGAAGGUUUUGAAGAUCCCGUCAGAAAAAGUAGAUCACUCGAAGCCCGAAUGGUAUCUGCCACUAUAUGCGGUCUUCACUCCUGAAAAAACAACAAAGGUGCGACUCGUUUUCGAAUCCUCGUGCGAAGGUCAUGAUGGUCUUUCGUUGAAUGAUCAUCUCGAGAAAGGCCCCAAUUACAUCGACGAUAUUCCAGAAGUCCUCGCAGCGUGGCGAUGGGAUAAUAUUGCAUGCGUAGGAGAUAUGAGAAAGAUGUUUAAUCAAAUCCUGGUACACCCGGAUGAUCAAGUUUUCCUUAGAUUCCUUUGGAUAGAGAAACCAACCGACGCUUUGGAUAGAGAAACCAACCGACGAACCUACUGAUUAUCAAUGGCUCCGUUUAAGCUUUUGUGACAAACCAGCUCCUGACAUCGCUAGUAAGUCGAUUAAAGUCUUAGCUAAAGCGACACAACCUCAAGAACUUCAAGCAGCAGCCGAAUUGUUACAACACGUGUGCGUGGAUGAUGUUGCAGGAUCCAGAUCAACAGUUCAAGAAGUUCAACAAGUAACCACUGCAAUUGAUUCCAUUCUUGAAAAUGACAGGUUUGAAAUCAAAACCUGGCAUUCGAACAGUACAGAAAUCGACCAAACGGAAGGUGAAAAUAUCACGGAUCUACUUGGCCAUAAGUGGGAUAAUGAAACAGACAAGUUUACUUUCAAAAGAGAGGAAGAGAGGAAAUUCCCGAACUGUCUGAAACGCUCACAAAAAGAAAUUUUCUUGCACUUUUGGCUAAGCUGCGGGAUCCUAUUGGCAUGAUUGCACCCGUCACUAUAAGAUUCCGGAUCGAUUUACAAGAACUGUGGUGCUCAGGUUAUGGGUGGGAUGAUGUCACAUCAGAGGAAACGCAAAGAAAGUGGAAGGAGAUCUAAAGAUAAUGAAUUAUCUUCUAUCGUUAGAGUUUGACCGCAAGUUAAAACCGAUUAAUGCGAAUGGUCUACCAGAAAUCCACGGAUUUUCCGACGCCGGUGAUCAAGCAUACGGAGCAGUAUUGUUUCUCCGCUGGGAACUAAUAGACGGUAGUUUUGUUUGCGUUCCAGUCAUUAUCAAGGCUUUCGUGGCUCCAGCAAAGAAGAAGAGCAUCCCUGUACGACGCCUGUACGAAGAUGUUAACGUUUGCUGAUAUAGAUCAAGCCCAGAAGUUCUUAUAGAUUGACUCGACAACGAUUUUAUCCUGGAUAAAGACCCCACCCAAAGAGUUUCGACCUUUCGUAUCUGCGCGAGUCGCCGAAAUUCAGGAAACUGUGGGUUCGGAGGACUUCCGUUACAUUCCAUCAAAUGAGAACCCGGCUGAUGCUCUACUCGCGGUCUUGAUCCCGAACGUCUCAAAGAUUGGUUAACCAGCCCAUCAUUCCUCAAGUUACCGGAAGCAGAAUGUUUACAUUCGAAAAACCAGUCUAAGCCAGAAAUCGAUCCUGCAGAAACCAAAAGAGAACUAAAACCCAAAAGAAGCAACCAAAAGACAAGAAAGUUCACGUUUAUCCAACCGUUAAUGCCAAGAGAACCGCGAAAAAAGAAAAUCCCGAGAACCAAAGUCAAGAGAAAACUACUGAAUCGAAAGCGGAAGAAAAGGUAAACCCAAGAGAUAUGAUCAGAAGCACAGAAAAGCGAGUAAAUGAUUUCUGGUGCUGUUGGAUGAAAUAUUUUGCGUCAAACAUUCUACCAAGAAACAAGUGGUUCAGAACAAGAAAAAAUGUGAAAGAAGGCGACCUUGUCUUAGAGUUGGAUUCAAAGCAUAAAAGAUGCCAAUGGAAGAUGGCGAUAAUUAUUGGAACAUAUCCAGGUCCGAAUAAAGAAUGCCGAUGGAGAAUAUGA